CGAGCCUUUACCAGAUUCUGCUACAACGGGAGAGGUUGAUGCUGAUGCUACUCCUGAAGCUGAUGAACUCCUGCAGAUAGUUUUCGCGAAUCGCAACAAUGUGGAAAAAUGGAAAGAGAACAGAGACCUUUGCGCCAAAUUAAUGUCCCUCUUUGAACAACAAGGUGCCCUUCUCAGUAAGGCUCAGUUUGACUCCAUUCAUUUCUUCGUUCGUAUCAUGGUUGGGCCAAACAAGGAUGCCUUCAUUCAAGCCUGUACAGACCGUAACAGCACCUUAUUCCAAGGCUUGACAAGUCUCCUAGUAACUCCAGAACUCGAAGAAGCUGCUGGAAUAAGAAUAAGACUAAGAUUGGCCGUCAAAGACACACCAGCAAAAGAUGUCUUGUCGGCACCAAAAGAAUAUUCUCCUGUCCCAUUCAAAACCCUCCCAGAGAUGAGCACAGACGAGGUCAAGAAAUGGCUGAUUGAGGAAGUGCGUAUAUCUAUCAGCAUAGCUGAUAAAUUAGCAGAAGCGUGUGUAGAUGGGGAGCUUUUGCUACGAUAUGAAGAUCAGCAUUUACAAAAGGAUUUCCAAUUGCCUACUGGAGUAAUGCGAAAGAUAAUGUAUGCUAGAGAUGAUCAUAUGAAAAAGCGUGCUCAUGCACAAGCACUUCUCGCACCUGCAUCAGAAUGUUCCGACAACUUAAACAAAGGCGCCGGAUCGACGGGGAAUGUACAUAGAUCUCCCUCAUCAGCUGGAACACAGGAAAGUGAAAGUAAUGCGCAGAUCACUGAACUUACAGCAUCAGUGAAGAAGUUGAAUGCGCAAGAUGGCGACCUGCUGGGUAAAUCAGUGGCGGUAGAAAUGUCUCAACCAGCACCACUUUCCAAAGAAGAAGAAUCAGCCAGAGAAGCAACGCUGCGAUAUCUCCUGACAGGCGAUGAGAAUGGAUCCUUAGACAGUUCUUUCCAUCCCAUUCUUGUGGUAAACAAAGAAUCAUGUGGUGGCAAAUCAGAAAGUCUCGAGGAUAGGCUUGGUUUUGUUUCUUUGGUUAACUGGAAUGCAGUCUUUGACUGCAAUUCAAACUCUAUUCAGAAUGGUGUCUGUUCAAUGGUAGAAAGAAAACGGGAAAUAAAGCUUCUUCUACCAGAGACAUUCAAUAAAGAAACGUCACCCGAAGAAGUAGAUUUCAACGAUGUCCCUUCCUGGAUAUUUGCAAAUGGACGAGAUGAUCUUGAAGAAUUACAAAGCCCGAGUCUUGCUUCGGAUUGGAAUGAAAAGUAUGGCGCUGGAGUUGAUCGUGCAAUAGAUUUUUUUGCCAUGAAUGCAAUUCCUAAGGAAAGAGCAGUCAUUGUUUUUCUUCUUCUUUCGAGAGACAGCGUGCAGGUAAUGAGUGAUAUCUUCAAGAAAUUACAGUCAUCUUUGCAAGGUCAUGGGACAUUCACAUUCAUUGCAGAAAGUCGGAAGCUUUUCGAAGUUUGGGCAGAUGAGGUCAAGAAGUGGUUACCACGAGAUCAACUAGAGAAGAGAAGCUUCAUUGGUACUUCAUGGAAACGUGUCAAUUGUUUCUUCCAGAAGCAGUUUGGAAAAUUUGCAAUUUUUCCAGCAGAAUUGCCAUUGUCAGAUGGUAAGACAUGCAUUCUACCUGACAAGAAACGUUCUCAAUGGCUCAACAUAGAUGUUCUUCCGUCAAAUGAGUGUGAAAACACAGCCUUGGAGGAAGAGGGUCCAGAAUUUCAAAAAUUUGUUUCUGAGCAAGAGUUGGCUUUUUACCAAGGAAACCCAGUUUCUUGGUGGAACUUUCACCUAACCGAAGGUAGAGGAAAGAGACAACAAUUCAACCAAGUUUUACGACGUAAAGUCAGUAAAUCAUUGAAUACCUUAGUGAAGUCAAAGUUGGUCCCUCCAAAUCCCAAUGAUGGGUCGGGUUCUAUCGUUACAAUAACUAUCUUUCAUGAACCAGGGUCGGGGGCGAGCACUGCUGCAAAACAAGUCCUAUGGGAUUUCCAUCGACAGUUCCGAUGCAUUAUUGUUCAACGAGCAGUAUUACCAACGGUUGACGAAAUACUUCAAGUAUGCCAUUAUGGGUACGAAAGUUUGGGAAAGGCUCCUCCAGUCCUUGUCUUGUUUGAUGAUGCAGACGAUGCAGAGGUUAUCGACUUAAUUGCACAACUUGAAGUAGCAACUAACAACAGAGACUCUUUGUCGAUAAUAAUGCUUCACUGCAAAAGAACACCUGAUCCUGAGCUUGAAGCAAAGGACAAUGGUAUGAAUUCUGUUGUCAUAGAGCACAAGCUUGAUGACCGAGAACGAAAGUGGUUCGAUGACAAAUUCAAGGAAUACGAUGAAGAAUAUAGUUUGAGCCCAGAGAAGUUGAUUGGAUUCAUGGUAAUGAAAGAAGAGUGCAACCCAGAUUACAUUCGAAGAAUUGUAUCAAACAUCUUACCUGAGGUUGAAGGGAAUGAAACUCGGCUGCUAAAGUACAUGGCAGUUAUCAACAUGUUCAUGGGAGAUUUUGGAAUGCCCGUCUCCUGCUGUGAUGAAUUCAUGAACGUUGGAAGGAAAGUAGAAAUAUCUCGGGGAAGAUACAAACUACAAUAUGUUCCAUGGGAGAAUCUCCUUUCACAUGCGACUUGCCUUCUCCUCGUCCCAACAAGAGUGCAUACAAGAUCUGGUCCUACAAAAGCAAUCAAGUUAGUUAACCCUGUCCUCGCAACAGAGGUUGUUAAGCAAAUUGUAGAAGACAGUGGACAGUCAAUCGGGGACAUCGUCAGAGAGCUGAUACAUCAUUCCCGAAUCCUUGACUCAAGGGCUUACACAAAGAUGUACCUCAUUGACAAAAUCCGGGGGUUACUAGUACGGCGGAGGAAGAUUGCAAAUGACUGGAGUGAACAAAGUCAAUUCUCCCCUUUGAUAGAGCAUAUUCUCACUGAAAACCCAUCGUUGGCCUUCCAACUUCUAGAAGAAACUUCCGAGUUAUUCAAGAAUGGACAUAUCGCACAACAGCUGGCGCGCUUGUACAAAUGGCAUGGAGACCUUGUUGAAGCUGCACGAUGUGCGAAGAUGGCAACUGACUUUCAGAGUGACAAUCCUUACUAUUGGGAUACACGAGGCAGGAUUGCUAUAGACGUUAUGAAGAGCUAUAAGAAGAAGUACAACGAAACGCCUCUUGAUGAAUCUGAUGCCUUUCAAUUGAUGAAUCUACUACAUGAGGGAAUGGAUGUCUUCAAGAGGUGUCAAGAUCUUCUAAGGGUGGAAUAUAAUCAGUUUUCUACAUAUGCUGGUUACUCCGGUGAGCUCAAAGUUAUAUUCCAAUUCCUUCAUAUAAUGGAGGAACGCGUGGUACCAUUUUGUCUUUCAUCAAGACAUUGUGUACAACAGCUGAAGGUAUACUUCUUGACUGACGAAGAGCUUCAAGGACUCAGUGAGUUCUGGAAACAACACAGACAUAAUCUCAAGGAAUUGCCAAAGAGAGCUGAUCUCACGCUUCAUAGCAUUGAGGAUCUCAUGACAUUCAGCAAAAGUAUAACAAGGACCAAGCAAAAUCCUGAAGACGAACUGCGCAUGAGGAAAACUGAGAAGAACAAGUUCUAUCUGGAUAUGCUUAGAUACUUCACAGUAGACAUAGAGCAGUCUCCACCCAAGUCUGUCCAGGUAAAUCCUGUAUCAAUGAAUGAAUGGAGAAGAGCACAAGUGAGAACAUUGAACGCCGAUUCGUUCUUUUCAAUAUUCAAACUGGCACAGCAUGGUCAGGUAGAUCCUCUGAAGAAAGUUCAAGGUAUUCUCAACGCAAAUCAUCCCAAAAAUUCAUUUGAUCUAAAAAUUUUGGUUUGUCUUUCGUUCGCCUUGUCCUCAUUAGAUCACGAAGAGGUUGACUACAAUGGGAUAAUCAGACAAGUGCAGAAUCUGAAUGAAAUCGACCAUAGCUUGUAUGGUGCUUUCUUCGCUCUGAUGUUAGCCUGGCCAAGAGAUGACCCAAAUGCCAGAAGUAGCGAUGUUGGGAUGACCACGCUGAAAGCGAUUGUGAUUCUAAGAGAGAAAUGGGACAACUUGCUUAGAAUGAAUUCAGAGAAACAAUCAUCUCAGACGAGGUAUGAUAAAUCACUUCCGCGUUCCAAUAUAAUAGUGAGAAAACCGCUCACACAGUUUCUACUGGCUCAGGGAGAAGGUUUGCGGGCAUUCGUUCACAUCAACAUGUUCAACGCAACACAGUCUACACUGGAAGGUGAAAAGCACAGAUUCUGGUCAAGAGAAGAAGUGAAAGAGCGAAUGUUGCGCUUAGAGGGGACCAUUCAAGAUAGAGAGAGGAUCGUUUACAUAACCCCAGCAAAAGAAAUUAUCUACAUCAGGCUAUCUGCGAGAUGGCACUGUCAACCAAGUCAAGAGAAAGUCUCCUUUUACCUUGGCUUCAAUUUCCUUGGACCGGUAGCAUACGAUGUGUGCGAAAAGGAUCGCAAGCCAGUCCCAAUUCUUGUGAAAACUCACCAUCAGACAUAUCCUGGAUAUCUUUUGGGCAGACUUAGCAACCUCGAAAGGAGAAAAGAGGGCAUUCAAACUACAUUGGAUGAAAUAGAGUACUUGUCCAAGAAACGAAGAAACAGGCAAAAACUCACAGUUGAUGAUCUGACAUUAAUUCGGACCAAACCUAAGCUGGAUGCAGAACUCCUGGACAUUGAGGCGCAGAUUCAAGAUGAGCUCGACAAAAACGACGACGAAGACGAAACAUUUACUCUCGUAACAAAGCGGAAGAGGGGAUACAAGGUGAUGAGUAUUGAGUCAUAAAAAGAGCAUGUAUCUCUGUCACAUAGUGCAAUAGAAGAAUGUCCAACAGACGAGUAGAAGAUUGUGAUCCCGUUACAUAAACCUAGUAUUCGAUAACAAUUUCAAAAUUACUGCGACAAAUUUAUCAGACGAUCCAUAAUAUGUUGAUUUUGUGCAGAUCCUAACAGCUUUCUUUUGUAGUAAAAGUAAAUGGUCGAAGUUGGUUUUACUACAGUUUCCCCAGAUAAAGUUACAAUAAUUGAUAUAUGGUUUAUCAUGAGAAGGGAAUGCUCUGGCAAAAAAAAUAUUUCAAUUUGUAUAAUAUUCCAAUUCCUUUAGCCAUUGAUGAGGAUAUAUUGCUUACGUGUUGGCUCCACACACUAAGGAAAAAUAGGUUUAACUUUGCACCUUCAAAGGUGCAAAGUUGCACAUAUGAGGUGUAGAAUUGCACCCCAAAUGUUCUUAUUUGCAUCUUCAAGAGAAAUACAAAGUUGUACCUUUCCAAAAAAUACAAAGUUGCACCGUAAAGGUGCUCCUAGUGUGCCAUCUACUCUGCACCUUUAAAGGUUGGACCUAUUAAGACGGCCACGGAUCCAACUUGCCUCGGUUUUCCUAUCAGGAUGCCACCGUGCCUGGCCGUCCACUUCAUCUUUUUUGCCAAAUUUUCAGGUGGUUACGGAAUUCUGCGAUACACGUAAUCAGGGUAAGUGAUUUCUAACUCUACCUUUAAUUCGGCAAUAAUUAAUUGGCACAAACAGGAAAGAGAAAUGGUGGAUCGUGUGUAUUCGGUAACACACCUAAAACAAUUGCCAAGCUGGUUCCCCGUAUAAAAGGAUUUACAAAAAGCUUAUUGAAACAGUUACUAAAAUAUUGUAUAUUGUAUUAUAUAUAUUAUUGUACUACAUAAGAAAUAUUUGUUCAUAACUUUAUGAAACAUCAUUUGCUUAUGACCUAUUGACCUAUAUGUUCAUCAUUCUUGGUGCUCGCAUUGUCUGUUUAAUGAGAUAUAAUUUAUAAUCCUGUUUUUACGAAACCAUCCCAUUUUCAAGUCCAUACACAACAAAGAUAUUUCCUCGUACUUCGAGUUAUUAUUGUUUUAUGUAGUGACAUAUACUUCUUUUUAAUGACUACUUAAAAGUGAUUGUCUGAAUACAAAUCAUUUCCAGUCCGUGGAAGCGUCGUGAUGUAGCGGUUCUGACUAUCGCCAUGCAAUCAGAGGGUCGUGUGUUCGAAUCUCACCACGGCCUAGCGUCCUUUGGCAAGGCGUUAAUCCACACUUUGCUACUCUCCACCAAGGUGUUAAAUGGGUACCCGGUAGGAUGCGAAAGCCUAUGUAGUAUGCCUAGCAAUUGAGCUUGGAACUCUUGUUUGUAUGCUCCCCAGGGAGUGGAGAAAGUACAUACAUUGUGUGCGAUGACCGGGUAUUAAUAAUUGCAAUGUAAAGCGCUUAGAAACAAAGUGUAAUAAGCGCUAUAUAAAUGUAACUAUUAUGAUUUAAUAUCAUUUCGCAUAAUUGGAUUAGUGAGAUGUGUCUGCUCUUCAUAAAUUCCUACAAAUAGUCCUUAAAAUGUUCCCUUUUCUGGUCUGAAUAUCAAAAUAACAAAAAUCUUCAGCUCCCGCUUCGCGCGCGCAUCAUUCGGUUAGUGAAUUACGUAUGGCCUUAGUGAAUUCCUAAGGACAAGCCUUAGAAUGUCCCUUUUCAGGUCUGAAUUUCAAAAAAAAAUUCAGCUCGCGCUUCGCGCUCGCAAUAUUUGAUUAGUGAGAUACGUAUCAUGUUCAUGAUAACAAUGAUUUUAAAAGUUCUUCAUGUUUUUAGGUGAAAUUCUAACAAAAUCAACAAGCGCUUAGCGCUCGCAUUAUAUGACUAUGGUAAGGUGUGUAUAUAUGCUCUUUAUGAAUUCCUAGGAAAUAGUCCUUGAAAUGUCCCUGCUUAGGGUAAUAUAUAAAAAUUCAGCUUUCGCUUUUCACUCGCAUUGUAUAUGUUUAAUGAGACAAAUACGUAUCAUGAUUACAAAAUUUGCUUAUAAUGUCCCUUUUUUAGGUCUGAAUAGCAAAACUUUUCAGCUCGCGCUUCGCGCUCGCAUUAUUUUAUCAGUGAGGUAUAUAUCCUUUUUAAUUGCACAUUCCUUAAAAUGUCUCUAUUAGGUGGGUAUAUCUGGCAAUCUAGCACGCUUCGAACGCCCACUAGGUGACUCCGAAAUUUUGCCGGUGCCCCCCCCCCCCCCAUGCCGUGACCCAAGGUACGCCACUCCCUUUAUCCUUUAGAUUUUUUAGAUGUUAAGACUUCACCUAUCUAAGGCUUCAUAUUUUUCACACACACGUACACUGUUAAAGGGCAAGUCCACCCCAGGAAAAAAGUUUAUUUGAAUCAAUAGAGAAAAAUCAAACAAGAAAAAUUUCAUCAAAAUCGGAUGUAAAAUAAGAAAGUUAUGACAUUUUAAAGAUUCGCUUAAUUUUCACCAAACGGUUAUUAUGCACAACUCAGUGAUAUGCAAAUGAGAGAGUUGAUGAUGUCACUCACUCACUAUUUCUUUUCUUUUUUGUUUGAAUUAUACAAUAUUUUGAUUUUUACAGAUUUGACGAUAAGGACCCUCUUGGUCGAACCACAAAAUAUUAAAACAUUGGUCAUUCCACAUGUUCAGGGAGGAAUAAAUCUUUGUUUCACAUGCCAAUAAGGAGAAAAUUGAAAUAUUUCAUAUUUCAUAUAAUAAAAUACAAAAGAAAUAGUGAGUGGGUGAUGUCAUCAGUCCCCUCAUUUGCAUACCGACCAAGAUGUGCAUAUAACUGUUUUGUGAAAUUAAGCAAAACUUUAAAAUAUCAUAACUUUCUUAUUUUGCAUCCGAUUUUGAUGAAAUUUUCAGUGUUAUGCUUGUUUGAUUUUUCUCUUUUUAUUCAAAUCAACAUUUUGUUGGGGUGGACUUGUCCUUUAAUUAAAUAAAGCUGUAUAUUAUUCAAUUGUAUAGUACUUCUUUCUUUUAUUAUGUUUAUACAUACAACUUUAAGGAACAAACGAAACGCCAAAUACACGAUAUUCUUUUCAAUUUCAACCUUUACAUGAUAUAGUUGACCUGAACAAUAUGAUAACAAACCAGCAUGUGGGCGCGUCGUUGUCUAGUGGUUCUGACUCUCGCCUUUCACACAGAGGUUCGUAGGCUCAAAUCCUAGCCAUGGCGUGUUUUUUUUUCAGCGAGAAAUGUAUCCACACUGUGCUGCACUCGACCCAGGUGAGGUGAAUGGGUACCCGGCAGGAUUAAUUCCUUGAAUGCACGAGUGCUGAAAGGCAGCUCGAGCUAAAGCCGGGAAGUAAUAAUAAUAGUAUAACAACAAUGUGCCUCGGAAUAGAUUGUUUGUCGAUAGAUGGCGCUAUACAAAUGCCUAUUAUUAUUAUUACAUUUAAAUUUUCAUAACAAUCGGAUGUAAAGUAGGUUAUGGCACUUUAAAAUUACAUUUAUAGCUUUACACGACAGUUAUAGAUGCACAACACAGGAAACUUGUUCCUGUCUGCAUUUAACCAUUACAAAAUUUUGGAGUCAAAACCUAUUGUUUUUUUUACCAUAUUGUAGAUAAAAUAUGAAAUAUUCAAAAUUCCAUAUGAUAGAAUAAAAAAAAACAAUAAUGGUGUAACAUCAUGGUUAUCAAAUAUUGGCACAUAUAUUGAUAUAAUUUCAUGAAACUAAAGCCAAGGUGAAAGAUCACUCGGGGUCAAUGAAAUCUUGUUUAUGUUUAUAUAUAUAUUUAUUUUUAUAUAUGUUUUACUUUGUUUGAUUUUAGUUUUGUUUUGUAAUUCGUGAUAUCAUUAUUAAUGGAUUAUAUUUCAUAUUAUGAUUUGUCAAAUUAAUUGUCUUACAUUGCACCGGCCCCAUGGAAGACCAGCAGCAACAAUUAUAGUUGCAACUGAAUAUGGGCUACCAGCCGUAAUUUUAUCUUGCUUGUAUAUGCUGUACAUUUUUAUUUGUAAAAUUGUAUAUUUUUAAUCUUACGGAAAUAAAACAAGAACAACAACCAACUUAUAGAUAAUUCACCUAGAUUUUCAAGAUGAUUUUGAAAUAUAAGUCUUAAGUAUUUUACAUUUGGAUAUAAUAUUUGUCAGGUACCAUCGUUUACCUCCCUUACCUAAGUAUGUGUGGCCACUUGAAAACUUGUGUGAGAAAGUUACUGGAUUUUACAAAGUAAUGUUCAUGAGUCAUAAUCAAAUGUCAUUUGAGGUCAAUGAGCUUUGUAUUCUUAUUAUCAUACAAAGGCUUGCCUUUUCUCUAAUUUGGAAAGUUAUUCAUUUAAAUAUGUAGGUAAAUAACGAGUAUCAGCCGUUAUAUGAGUACAAUUUUACUUAUUUAUUCAGUUAUUUAUUUAUUGGUUUUCUUUAUUUUAUACUGCAGGGUAGGCCUGUUCAGUUAAACUGCUUUCCAAAGGCGCCCUGCAGUUUAGCAACUAACUCAACAUCAAAGCAAUUCAAUGUAUUGAAUACAUUAAAAACAGAAUACAUUAUAUGUACAUAUAGAGUGAAUCAAUUAUUAUCAUGGAAUCAUUCCAUCUAUAUGUACAUCAAGUUAUUCAGUGUAAUUACAAGUAUGACAGUCAGAAUUUAAUGAUUUAAAGUGUUUUUUAAUGCAUGGAGGGACGUGCAUUUUUGUAUAUCACAAGGGAGCGAAUUAAAUAAGACGACAGCAACCUGCGAAGCAGAGUGAGACUAUAGGCGCCGCUUUUCCGACGACAGCGGCGGCGGCGUUGGCGUCAACACCAAAUCUUAACCGAAGGUUAAGUUUUCUAAAUGAAAGCAUAACUUGGAAAGUAUAUAGACCUAGUUCAUGAAACUUUGCCAUAAGGUUAAUCAAUAUUACUAAACAUCCUGCCUGAGUUUCAGGUCACAUGACUAAGGUCAAAGGUCAUUGAGGGUCAAUGAACUUAGACCAUGUUGGGGGAAUCAUCAUCAAAAUCUUAACCUAAGGUUAAGUUUUUGAAAUGUCAUCAUAACUUAAAAAAUAUAUGGACCUAGUUCAUGCAACUUGGACAUAUUAAGGUUAAUCAAGUAUUACUGAACGUCCUGUCUGAGUUUCAAGUCACAUGACCUAGGUCAAAUGUCAUUUAGGGUCAAUGAACUUUGGCCAAGUUGGGGGUAUCUGUUGAAUUACCAUCAUAACUUUAAAAGUUUUAUAGAUCUGAUUCAUGAAACUUGGACAUAAAAGUAAUCAAGUAUCAAUGAACAUCCUGUGCGAGUUUCAGGUCACAUGAUCAAGGUCAAAGGUCAUUUAAGGUCAAUUAACUUUGGCCAAGUUGGGGGUAUUUGUUGAAUUACCAUCAUAACUUUGAAAGUUUAUUGGUCCAGUUCAUAAAACUUGGUUAUAAGAGUAAUCAAGUAUCACUGAACAUCCUGUGCGAAUUUCAGGUCACAUGACCAAGGUCAAUGAACCUUGGCCAUGUUGGGGGUAUCUGUUGAAUUACCAUCAUAACUUUGAAAGUUUAUGGAUCUGAUUCAUGAAACUUGGACAUAAGAGUAAUCAAGUAUCACUGAACAUCCUGUGCGAAUUUCAGGCCACAUGACCAAGGUCAAUGAACUUCGGCCAUGUUGGGGGUAUCUGUUGAAUUACCAUCAUAAAUUUAAAAGUUUAUGGAUCUGAUUCAUGAAACUUAGACAUAAGAGUAAUCAAGUAUCACUGUACAUCCUGUGCGAGUUUCAGGUCACAUGACCAAAGUCAAAUGUCAUUUAAGGUCAUUGAACUUUGGCCAUUUUGGAGGUAUUUGUUGAAUUACCAUCAUAACUCUGUAAGUGCAUUGGUCUAGCUCAUAAAACUUGGACAUAUUAAGAGUAAUCAAGUAUCACUGAACAUCCUGUGCGAAUUUCAGGCCACAUGACCAAGGUCAAUGAACUUUGGCCAUGUUGGGGGUAUCUGUUAAAUUACCAUCAUAACUUUAAGAGUUUGUGGAUCUGAUUCAUGAAACUUGGACAUAAGAGUAAUCAAGUAUCACUUUACAUCCUGUGCGAGUUUCAGAUCACAUGACCAAAGUCAAAGGUCAUUUAAGGUCAUUGAACUUUGGCCAUUUUGGAGGUAUUUGUUGAAUUACCAUCAUAACUCUGUAAAUGCAUUGAUCUAGUUCAUAAAACUUGGACAUAUUAAGAUUUUGAUAAAAUUUUCAGCAUUUUAUUUUCCCUUUUUUCUUCUUCUACGGUAGCUGAAACUACAAUUUCAUUUUUGUUUGAAUAUUUUCAAUUUCGGGUUGUUAAAGUUAUGUAUUGUAUAUGGAAUUUUGUUAUCAUAAUCUACGUUAUCUAUGUAUGCUUUGCUUGUUCUGUUUACUCAGAUAUGUCCUUGUUGUUCUUUUUCAUCAUUUUGAACGAUUGUAGUCUUAAAUAAAGUGAUGAAUUACCAGGCCAAAUCUACAUUUUGUCAUAGUCAUGAUAGUGGCCAAAGUAAAUUGUCAUAUCCAUUCAUUUCCAUAUUCAUUUAUGUUGCAUGUGUACGUACAUGUUUCACAUCAAUGUUAGAUCAUGGAUCCUACUAGUAGAAUCCAUGGUUAGAUCAAAUUAAAAUAUUUUAUUGUUGUAGUUCUUUAAUGAUUUAUCCUGGUCUUCAGGACUAUUGAGGCCUAUUUUCCCAAUGCCUUGGCCUUGGAUUUUCGUGCCUUAUUCGCCUUGAAGCAUUUUCAAGGCAUAUUAUAAUUUUUAUUUUUAGAGAAAUAUAAUUUGCGAUGCCCUGGAACCUCGUGCUCAAAACGUAACUGUUUUUACUUUUACUGCUAAAAGAAUUAAAUUUAUGUUGUUUGUAAAUUGAAUAGCGCCAUCGACAAAUUUCUUUGAAAUUAAUUCUUACGUAAAUUUAUUAGCUGAAGCCGGACGUUCUGUCUGAUAAAAAGACACUCGAUUGCUCAUUGAUAGAUUAAAAUCACGUAUUUCGAAUUUUGCGUAGUGAAUUUUUAUCGUUAAUGUAUUCAUAUUUAAUGAUUUUUGUGUUUAUUUUAUUCUGUUUGUGCCAUUAAUGUAUUUUGAGGCAAAAACAACUAUAUAAAUCUCACUCUUAUAUCACUAUACAGGGUUAUUAUCAUUAUCAUCAUUGUUAUCAUUCUUAUUAUUCUUAUCAUUAUCUUUAUUAUUAUUAUAAGUAGUAGUAGUAGUAUAGUAGUAGUAGAAGAAGAAGCAGUAGAAGUAGUAGUAGUAGUAGUAGUAGUACUAGUAGUAGUAGUAGUAGUCUAACAAAUCAAUUAGAUAAAUUAUAAUUGAUUUGUUAUAUAUACUACUACUAUUUCGUUAUUGAAUGUAUAUGAGAGUGAUGGCCCUGUAAGUUUAUGAAAUGCCAAAGCACAGUAAAACUUCAGUCUACUUUUCUUCCCAUGUUUAUUGUCUUAUUAUCUGCCAGUGUCCGUUUCAUGUUGUUGUGUGUUAUUUCUAUUUACCAAAUUAUUUUCAUGUUAUUUGUAUAUGCAAAUGGAAUCAGUGAAUGAUAUUCAUCCGCUAUGUAGGUAUUAUCUUCGUCUGCAUUUCUGGCUGCAUCAGCUCAUUCAAUAAUUCCUCAAGUAGAGCUAAGAAUGGAAUAUUAUUUUGUUAUAUCAUGUAUAUUGCCAAUCUAAAAUCAGUCGGAACCGAUGAUCAUCUAAGGAAGAGAGACACUUCAAUUUCAUAUUAUUAAACAAGAUGAUUGUUUUGUGUACUGUUAAAAGAUAUUUUGAAAUUUGUUUCAAUAUGUAAAAUAUUAAUAUAUUAAAGGCUGGGUAACUUAAUAAACUAUGUUUUCCAGCUGGUUUCAAUUUAAUUUCAAAUUCUAAUUCAGUACAACUUCAAAUGGAAUUAUUUAAAAAAAAUACAUUUCUUUAAAGAUCGUUCCUAUCCCUAUCCUGUUAUCUAACUGCAACUUCCCCCUCUAAAAUAAGUUUACCGUAAGCCCUUUAUAUAUUAACUUGAUUUAUUCCAUAUUUUGCUGACAUGAGCAUUUAUUUGAAUAAUUAGUUGAUUUUUA